GUUUAUUUUUACAAAUACUGCUACAACACGUCUCAACUCCCUUUUCUCUAUUUUUAAUCAUCGCACGCCAAUUCAUCUAAACUGUUAAUUUUUUAUAUAUUCGCCAUGUCGUUCACAGCUCCAGAAUCAUACAACUAUCCUGUUUCUGUCGACGAGCUCACCCGACGCGCACAUGCCCAGCACAAAGAGCUCCUCUCAGCCAACGUCAAGCUUACUACACCGCCCAUCAGCCGCCUCCAACUCGUCUCCAUCCAACCCACUGGCUCCAAACACACCCACAUCACUGGUGCCGUCGUCACAUACUGCCUCACAGUCGACCCUGCAGACUGCAACACCUGGGGCGCCAUCCACGGAGGCUGCGUAUUCACCCUCUGCAAUGCUGUCGGAAAAAUAACCACUGCUGUGGUUGCCUGUGGCGCUAAAAACAUUGUUUCUACCGAUCUGACUACCAAUUAUCUCGCGAGCGUUAGGGUUGGCGCCACUGUGACCAUCGAGAUUGAGUGCUUGCGCGCCACAAAGUCAAUUGCCUUCCUCCGUGGGUGCAUCAAGGACAGCAACAGAAACACAUGUUAUAUUUGCGUGCAAAACGUCAGUUUUCAGCUGUAGCAACAAAAAAUAAAAUUUACC